AUGCUAUCACCGGCGGAGAAUCUUCCAAUCACGGCGGAGGAGACGCAUCUUUCUAUCGCUGAUGUCAUCUCUCUUUCGAUGCAAAAUCUAAUAGCGUUUGUUUCCAGUCACCGUCCAUGGUUGGAGUUUCUUGCAUUAGGUUCUAUCGACCGUCCUACAUCUUUCUCUUCCGCCUUCUCGCGCGCUAAGCUCAACCUCCGCCACUUCGUGGUUAACUACUCGCUCGUGAUCGUUGCUUCCUCCACACUCUUCUUGAUCGGUGAUCCCACGGCUCUUCUCACCGUUGCCUCUUUUGCUAGCAUGUGGUUGCUUUUCUACUUUUGCAAAGACCAUCCGUUGGUCUUGUACGGUCGACAUAUUAACGACCAUGUGAUCGUCUUCGGGUUGAUCCUUGGGUCGCUCUGGGCAAUGUGGUUCACGCACUGCCUCGAGAGUAUGGCUCUUGGGGUCGUUACAGGUCUCUUGCUUUGUUUGUUCCACGCCGUCGUACGGAAUCCAGACGACCUCUUUGUACAAGAAAAGGAUGCUGUUGUUCCUUCGAAUUUUCUUCAUUGGAGCUGA